AUGAAUCUUCUAUCCAAACGAAAUCCAGUACCAUUUAUCGAACCUAGUCUUAAUGAACGAUCUUCGUCACCAUCUUUCGUACUAGACAUUGUGCAUGUUUGGGAUUACUCUCUUCCAACCCUUUUGUCAUUUGGUGUUGGUCCAUGCAAAGGAAAAUCAUCGUUGCUGAAUACCUUAUUCAUGUCCUCAUUCGAGCAUACAACGAGCAGUAUCUUCUUUCAACAGACAAUCGAUAUUGAUUUUGGUUACAAUUUUCUACCACGUCGUACAGCAAAUAUUGCUGACACUCAUGGUGAAAUGACAAAACCACUAUUGUCGAAAAUUCACAAUUUAUUUGAGGGUUUUAUCAUUCAAAUUGAAGGUAUCUUUCUUAAUGCGAAUGUUGGUCUCCUCUUUGAACUGUUGAAUUUAUUGCCGAAUCACAAAUUUCGUGCGAUAAUCGUACGUGAUGUUGAUAACCAACUACAUGGGCAAUGUCGAGAGUUUCUUUAUGCUAAAGGAUCCUAUCAUUUGAAUGGUGUUGAUAUUAUUAUUCUGCCAAAUAUUUGCGAUCGAGAUAAUAAUCAAAAUAAAUUUCAUAUUCGAUCACUUCGAGACAUUCUCAUCGAUCGAACGCCGAAGCGUCCUACCUACGAACCGGAUUAUCUUCGUAGUGAAAUUCUACGGUUGCUCGAACCAGAUAUCAAACAUCAUCUGAUUAACAUGACAAAAAUGAUUACACCGCUGAAAGACCAACUUCUUCAUGCGAGUGAAGGUAGUGGAAAUAUCUCAAAAUACUUUCCCGUCUAUGACAAAUUUGUUCAACUGUCUACUCUCCGACAGCAACUAGCUCGUGUCAGCUUCUAUGAAGCAACUAAUAACGAACAGAUAUACAGUAUAAGACAAGCGACCUUUAUGCUUGAAAAAGAACUUCAAAGUACAGGAAAAUCACGUAGCGGUCCAAUCUUUGAUCUUUUUGUUAAAUUGCUCCAAUCGCCCGAAACUAUGAUGACACUCGAUCUUCUAGCGAGUGAACUUCGUCAAGAACGAAAUCGUAUUGUACCCACAGGUCAGAUGGCCGACCAGAUGUCAAUUGAAAAGAACCUUUCCCUUGAAGUUCUCUGGCGAAAUGCUAUCGUUUGCUAUCCGUAUCAACCAAAUGAAACUCAAGAAUUGAUUUUUACCAAGUACUCAGAAUACAUGACCGCUGGUUAUACAUUCGAAAUAAUUGAUGGUGAUAAUUUUCACUUGCCAUCAACUUUUCUUACUGAAACAUUGUCGGUAUUUCAAAACAAGAAAAUUCUUGUUAUUAGUAUCAUUGGUCCUCAAAAUAGUGGCAAGAGUACCUUGCUGAAUUAUAUGUUUGGUACCUUGUUCGACGUUCGUGAUGGUCGUUGUACACGCGGAAUCUAUGGAUCAUUUGUUAAAUCGAAUUCCAACGAUUUUGAUUACAUUAUGCUGAUCGAUACAGAAGGAUUAUUGGGUGCCGAGAGAGGAGACAAAGAAUUUGAUCGGCGGUUGGUACUUUUCUGUUUAGCUGUGUCCCAUUUAGUUAUUGUCAACAUGAUUGGAGAAAUCAAUGAUACUCUGAAAGAUAUGCUUACUCUUUGUGCUGACACUCUUAAAUUGAUUGGCGUUAGCCGAGUAUCGAAACCCAAAGUGCAUUUUGUACUUAAUCAGAAAGCUGAUCUGAACAUUGAAAAUAAUCGAGUAGCCAUCGAAAAGAUCAUGUCUGAUCUAGCCAAAUUAGAUCUUAGUGAUAUGAUGGAUGUACGGCCAGAAACAUUUCAUACAUUACCAUCUGCAUUCAAGAAAGAUCGAGCUGUCAACGAUACACGACUUCCCAGUGUCAUUCGAACUGAACCCGAUUUCAUCGAACGUGUUCAGAGUCUUUGUGGUAUUAUUAUCGAAUCAGGCGUUCAAUCGAUGUCGAGUAGUCAAGAACAAUUUGUCGAUCCAGGACAAUGGCUUCGAUUUUCAGUAGCCAUAUUUGAUACGCUGCAAAAAUUCUCCGAUUUAACUUAUUUUCGAGAUAUCAAUGAACGUCGGCAGGAUGAUGAAGUUCGAGAACAUAUUCGGACAAGUUUAGCUCGAUUUUUUUCUGCUGAAAACAAAGAACGAAUGACUGAAGAAGCAACAAAUCAUACCGAACAGGAAAUCUCCGAUAUGUUACAUGCCAAAGAGGUAAAAAUACAUGAUGACUUUUUACAAGAGCUAGAUAACGUACUCAAAUUAUUAAAAACAAGUGACACAAUUCGACAGCGUAGUCGACAAUUUCUCAAGGCACAAAUUACUGAAAUGUUCAUUGCUGUCCGUACAUCAGCUGUAAUGGUUACCGAACGUACAAAAAUGAAGCUUUUGGUACGCGAUGGUGAAGGGGAUUUGAAAUGUUUGAUCGAAGAUACAAUCAGAACUGGUGCGACCAUGCAUGAGACAACGGCUCGCCAAAAGUUUGAGUCGAUGUUUAAUGAUAUUGUUAUGCGUAUCAAACAAAAAUUUGAACCCUUUGAGCGUCUUCGACAGGCGAUCAAUUUCAUCUACACGAAUUACAAUAUUUAUGAGCAUGGUUGCUUAUCAGAUUAUCAGCAUCUCCUUAAUGAAGGACAUGUUGAUUGGCUAAAGACCUUGAAUGAAAGCCAAAUGAAUAUCGACGAUGCAAAAGAAUGUAUGGAAAAUCGAUUUGCAUGCGCCGCCUAUCAACAUAGCUGCGUUGAAGAGCAGCCGUUCAAUCCGGACACAUCAAAUCCUUAUUCAUCGAAAAUCAUCGACAAUCUUGUCUAUUUGAAUAAAGAUGUCCUUCGACCAAUGUUUACAGAUUAUUGUACACGACAGUCAUAUCAACAAUCAUCAUCAUCGAACAGGGAAACGAAUAGUCAUUCAAAAGGGCUAAUUCGUCGAGGUGUGAACGCAGUGGUGAACGUAUUAUCGGGACAUGGUCAUGCUGACACCAGUAUUCCAACUGAAGGUUUUCAACAGGCAACACGACGUACAAUUAUCCGUGAGAAACCGGCUUACGCCACAGCAGAUUUAAUCUCUGAUAAUAUGACAUUGUUGCAAGUAUCGAAUUAUUUUAAUUGUCUCACAAAGCGAAUUAUGAAGAUUAUUCAUCAGAGACAAAUUGAUACAAACUUGAUUCAACGGGUUGUUGGUUCGCUUCAUACACUUAUUAAAGAUAUUAAUCUGGAAUUAAGCCCAUUCAAUUUGGCUUUAUCUCGACAUCUGAAAUCAGCUCUACAUUCCUGUGCUGUUUGCCUCCUUACUAAAGCGUAUUACAAUGAACAAGAGGCUCAUUUUCAUCAAACUGUAGAAACACUUCAUACUCGUAAGAAAGACUUGUGUGAUUAUUUUAUCUCCAUGGUUGUUCCAAAUGUCUCAUACGAUGCCAAUUGUGCAGUCAAUCUUGCUAAUCAAUUAAAAGAGUAUAUUGUGAAAGAGCUUGCGCUUGAAGGACAACGCAUGAUAAAUAUCGAAGUACGCAAGCACGAACAUGUCAAUCGACGUUGGGUACAACAACGAUGCGACGGAAAGUUGUUUGCUGAAGAUACUUCCUGGCAUCUAGAUUAUAUUGAAAACCCUGAUAAGAUAAUUCGACAAUUUUUUGAUUCGAUGUGGCAGGAUAUCCUUCGAGAUAUUAAUCAAACAUUGGCAGAACAAAAAAUGCGCUAUGCUCGAACAUUAAUCGACUUUUUUCAACGCAUUGAUAACAUGAUGAAUGCGAUUAAGACACGAGGAGCAGCUGCAACAUUUGUUGAUCUCGUGUUUCAACCUGAUGAUGGAAAUGCGCUGUCAGUAAAUGAAAAUUUAACGAACAAGAAACGUUGUAUGGCAAUGAUGUUUUAUUUUUAUUUAUCAGGAUUAGAAAUUCCGAAGACGCUCAUGGCUUACGACACUAUUUACACAUUGAAAGCUGAGGGAUUUGAUAUUUUCAGUACUCUCGUGAAACACUCUCCUCCUAGUGCUGAACUUAUUACUAUGACCAAAGCGAUGCUUCCAGUCUAUGAUAGUAUCAGUAUUGGGAAUCUGGCAGCCUUUCUUGAAAUGUUAUUAAAUGAAAAGAAUCGGCUAAUUAGUGACUUUAAUAAAUAUCAAGCCGAUUUUGGCACUCUUGACACACAAGAUACUUAUGCCCGACUACUGGACAAGGUGCGCGGUUGUCCGGAAAAAUGUCCAUGCUGUCGACGACCAUGCGAUGCCGAUCAUACUCUAGUCAAAUCCAAGCCUGGCUCUGAAGAGAAUCAACAUUGUUGUGCUCUUGGCCAUGCUCUCCGUGCGAUGAACGGAUAUCGCUACGAAAAAACGGAUGAAGCUUCUUUAGCGAUGUGCGAACAUAUCAAACCAGAACAAAUUAUUAUUGUUGGACCUCUACGCAAACGAUGGUCUGAAUUUAAAAAGGAUCAUGCCGAUUGGAACUUUGACCCGAUAAUGUCUGUUGAUGAACUCAAUCUAUUGCAUGGAAAAUUUCUAACAGUUUGGGCUAAAGUCGGCCAAGAAAUAUGUCGUAAGUAUGAGAUGAACUUUGUUCUGAAUAAUACUAUUCAACCAGUUGAACACCAAUCGUUUCACUACAUGCUGCUGCUCGAUGGAUCUGGCUCAAUGGCUGGAAAACCAUGGGCGAAUCUUCUCGACGGUGUACGUGAAUUUCUCCGAUUAAGAUUAUCUGCAGGCUCGAACGACCAUGUGACAAUCAUCGUCUUUUCUUCUAACGCGACUAUUGCUCAUUUUGAUAAACCUAUGAAUGAUCCUGAUUUGAUGACCAUCAAUUUUCAUGGUGGAGGUACAGAUUUUGCCAAGACUUUUGCUACUCUUCAUUCUGCUAUUAGUCGUGCCAACCAGCAAACAACUGUAUCACUCAAUGUUCCUCUUCCCACCUUUAAGGUAGCAGCUACAAAAUUGUCGAACAAUGUACCAUUGCGUUACAUCGUGAUAUUUAUGAGUGAUGGUCAAGCAAAAUUCCCUCAACGAGAACUGACCACAUUAAAGACAGAUCACCAAGAUGUUAUUGAAAAAUUUUGGACCGUCGCGCUCGGCGAUACGGCUAUGGAUGUGCUCAAAAAAAUCAAUCAAGCCAUGGGUGGAUACUUUUUGGACAUUCAAGAUUCAAGUCAACUUUUAGAUGCAUAUACGACCAUGGCCGAAGUUGCACCACCGUAA